GCGUCAAUAUACAUGCUAAUUAUAUCCAGGUUCAGCAAUAAGCAAUUGAGGGAAUCAAAAUUAUAUAUUGUCUAUAGACUAAGUUGUAGGUUACUAUUAGCUUCAUCUUUAUAAUGGCACAAUACAAGCUCACAUACUUUAACGUUAGAGGACGUGCUGAAGCUAUUCGCCUGCUAUUUGCAGCUGCAGGUGUUAAAUAUGAAGAUUGUAGAAUUGGAAAGGAGGAAUUUCAACAAUUAAAAUCCAGUGGCAAGCUUCCAUUUAAUCAAGUACCUAUUCUUGAGUUUGAUGAUAAAAUUAUAGCUCAAACAUCAGCUAUAAUGAGGUACUUAGGAAGAGAAACAGGAUUUGCACCGGAAGAUAGCUACGAAGUUGUUAAAGCUGACAUGAUUGGCGAUGCAAUGAUCGAUAUUUUGAAAAAGGCCAAAAAGUUCUUUGUAGAAAAAGAUGAAGAAAAAAAGGAAAAGUUAAUAAAAGAAUUUUAUGAAGAGAUUCUACCAAAUUCUUUGAAACCACUAGAAAAAAUGCUCAAAAGCUCAAAUGAGAAGAAUUUUGCUGCAAAUAAGCUGACCUAUGCUGAUAUCAAUUUCUUCGCCGGUUUGGACCUGCUUUUCCAGGAAACAAAAGAAGAUAUUCCACCCAUCUUGGAUAAUUAUCCUUGUUUAAAGGAACUUUAUCAAAAUAUUCGUUACCUUCCAGGAGUGGAUGAAUGGAUUAAAAAGCGACCAUGAAUUUAAACAUUUUAUCUGUUUUACGGAAAGAAAACUUAAUUAUAAUUCAGGAAUUAGCAGUUA